CUUAAACCUUUCUUCCUUGUUUCUCUACAGUUGCACCUGGUGGCUUUGAACACGCCCCUGUCUGGUAACAUGCGGGGGAUCCACGGAGCCGAUCUGCAGUGUUUCCAGCAAGCUCAGGCGAUGGGCUCCAUGGCAACUUACCGCGCCUUCCUCUCGUCUCAGCUGCAAGACUUGUACACUGUAGUGAGGAAAGCGGACAGAUUAAAUAUGCCAGUUGUCAACCUAAAGGGGGAAGUGCUUUUUGACAGUUGGGAGUCUAUCUUCAAGAGCCAUGCAACGUUCAACACAGGCAUUCCUAUAUACUCCUUCAAUGGAAGAAAUAUCAUGAAGGAUUCCUCCUGGCCUCACAAAAUAAUCUGGCACGGUUCAAGUGAAAGAGGGAGCCGGGUUCCAACUCAUUACUGCGGGGGCUGGAGAAAGACGGACAUGACCAUCAGGGGCAACGCUUCACCUCUUUCCAGCGGAAAACUCCUCAGUCAGCACUCAUACAACUGUGCAAACAACUUUAUUGUUCUUUGCGUUGAGAACAGCUACUUCCAUGAUCACAGAAAGAGAAAAUAACAGCCUGCAUCUUCAAGUGAAAGCUCAGGAUUUCACGUCCGUCGACAGUCUCAUUACCAAAACCAGUUAAGGGUGGCACAUUUUUACUUCUAGAAAUAUAUUAAAGUGUGACAUGUUGCUUUCUGAUGAGAAAUGGAAGAAAUGGAAGCCAAAGAUGACAAUACCUCAAAAAUCUGCAUGGGCUGUUCUUUCAUUAACAAAGAAAAUCGUAUUGAUCUGAGGAACCGUUCUCACAUAAUUUCUCAUUACGCUUGUUGAUACUUUGGUGCUAAUGAAAAGUAAUUGAAAUGGGACCACUGUUAAAAUGCCAUAUUUAUAACCGCUAUUAACUCAACUUGCCCAUAUCACAACCUAGCCGAGCUGGUACAAUGGGGAAGUUGCCUCACCCCAGCAAGCCUCUGUGUCUAUUAGGUUAAUAUAACUUUCCAUCCAUUGGAAUACACUGCAGUUACGUUAUGAGAAAGACCUUGAAUCCAGCUUUCAUAAUGGAUAUCUUUUCUUUCCCCAUAACAGAUAUGAACGAAAGUUAGCUUUUGUUUGUGAAAUCUGCGUCAUCAUGUCAAAACAACUUAUUUAACAUAAUGUUCAAUGUAAAACUAUGCAUUGUUAUUAUUACUCAACUCUGCAUCACGGUAUUCAAGUAUCUUAAUACGCAUAUGCAUUCAUUUUUCACUGCUUUUUCUGCAUUGACUGGGUCCUUUUAGCAUCUUUCUGGACUGUUUCUGUGUGUGGUAUUAUUCGACACUAACGCAUUGUAUUUACUGCUUCUGCCCAUCAGUGGUGUAUGGAGACGGGUGCCAGCGAGUAGCCAGAGAUCUCUCUGCUCAGACCCUUGUUACUGGACAUCAGCUGCCUGGCUGGUGAGAAUCUCCCUCUCUCAGCCCACUCUCUCAAAGCAAACCCUGCUGUGGGCCUUAUGGCUUUUGUACGAUACAUUCCUCCUGCAAACAAUAGAUUUAAACAUUCUCCCUCUUUUAUUUUUACACAAUGGUAAAAAUGUCGGAGCUGAAGUUUCACAACUAUUCACACUUGCCCUGUACUUUAAAAUGGCGGCUUGUCAGCGUGAUCACUCCCACGGCCGACUUAAUCAACUUACACUGAAGAGUUUAGUUCAUUUACACUGCAACUUGAGUCUAUUCACAGUACAUAGUUAACCCUCACAAAUGCCAAUUUAGUUAAUAAAGACAGUACAGCACAGAUUUAAUUUGUGUACACUACAGAGUUUGUACAGGUUUUGUCUCAGCACAUGGCAGAUUGAGUGCAUUUACUGUCCAGACUGAAUCCACUUACCAAGCAGAUUUAGUCUAUGUACAGCUGAGGUUUGAUACAUUUAUAAUGCAGAGUUAGAUCAUUUACAAUAUACAUUUAGUCCACUCACAGCUAUGUUGCAGUCCUUUGAGAUUGCAGGUAAUGUCCAUAUAGUGCAAUUCAACUACACAUCAGUGAACAAAUGUUUGCAUUGAUCAAACAACUUUCUAAUAUAUGAACCAAAUGUCUAAAUCAGAUUGUAUUGAAAUGAAGGAUAUUUCACAAGCUGAAUAAACGUCAUACAUUUUUUGUAAAAAUC